GCUGGCUGUUUUCCGGGCUGUUCCUGUUGAGACGCAACACCCCUGCCGCACAAGGCCGUGGUGGACGGGAGGGGCGACCUCCGUAGCCGGUGAGGCAGCCGGCUGGUUGUCCGCCCUCCCCGACUAGGGGAUAACUGCACUGCAGCAGACAGCGGCACAGGCCGUUUAGCGAUAUAGUUUCAUAUCUAGCAUGUUAAAUGUAGCACAGCAAGUGGUAGUUGUUGUCGCCAUACUUGUGAGUUGUUCAUGUUUAGAGCCGGCAUGUUUUCCUGGGUGCAAGAACACAGAAUCCUGGUCCUCCUGUACCAAUAUUAAUAAUAAAUUUUAUGAUGGGCCCGGUGAACCUCCGCAGUCUACUUGUAUAUCAUGCCCCGAGCAGAUACAGCAACAGGCAGUACUAAAUGUGACGAAUUCCUCCCAACCAACCGCAUUAUGCCUCCCUAACAAAAACCGUGUAGCCGUUCGGGGGUUCUCGUUUGGGGUACUCUCAGUUCAGAAACUACGACCACCACAGCAAGCGAAAAUAUUGCAGUACCUCGCUCUCAUUCGAUGUGGAAUCACAGAUUUGGAAGAGGGUAUUUGGGCUGGGUUUCCGGUAAUUCGAUACUUGCAGCUCGACUUCAACAACUUGACGUAUGUCAAGCAAACCUGGUUUGACAGUUUGAAGUCCCCCACGUCGUUCUGGACCCUGUCAUUGUCACACAACAACAUCAAUGGUAUGGAAUCGAAAUGCUUCCAAAAACUCAGUUCCUUGCAGACAUUACUACUCGACAGUAACUCUUUGCAAAGUAUCAGGCCAUCUUGGUUUCACAAUCUGAAAAAUUUAGGCAAACUUUCUUUGGAAUCAAAUUCUAUCGCAUUCAUUCCUCCACAGGCAUUUAAGUCACUGUCCUGGCUGGGACAGUUAGACUUGAGCAGGAAUUUGUUAACGUGUUUGUCAAUGGAAGCUGUAGAGGGUCUGGAUAGGCUACAUACACUGUCACUGAUUGGUAAUGGGUUGCUUGCUCUCGAUGAUUCUGUUUUUGUGACAAUGUACUGGCGACUGGAGUACCGUCAUUUCCGCCACCACGGCCAUCGCAUUGCAGUAAGGGUUAACGACGCGCUUUUCUGCAUCACUGAAGUUCGUAUACAGAGGCAAUCUUAUUAUGUCCAGGUGCAACAUGACAACCGCACACGGGCAUCUCGCCCUAGUUUGGAACCAUCCGUUCAAUGCGCUCGUCUAAAUUCUAAACUAAAAGCAGAAAGCCACAUGAAGUACAGCCUGCCACUGGUUAUCAUAUCGGUCAACACAGAAUCAGACAAACAUGCUAAAAACAUGACCCAAUUGUGCAAACAUGCUCAGGAAAAUGUCUCCCAUGUAAAGGUAGCGUUGCGGGGAGACAUUACUCUACAGAUUGUUCCCAUGAGUGUAGACAGGUCCUGCAAUCCCCAAAUUGUUGCAAUAGUUCUAUCAGAUGCAAUCGCUAAUGAAAACAGGACCACGUUGUAUGCCGAUAGACACAGUAAUGAUAUCAGGGCGUUUGGUCAUGAAGAAAUGACGAAUGUAACAUGUUUGGUCAACACCUGGGAGAAGACCUACCAACACGUCUUCACUACGCCCUUAUCCAGCACUCCUGAUGACACCGUGUGUACAGAAAAGACCCAGACCUCAAGGAUCGGGUCUAGCGCUCUUGAUGGUACCCUGUGUUCGGGAGAUGGUGUAACUCUUACCACAAAAAAGCCUAAGGUCAAGAUAACAGAGCUAACCCUGAAUCAGACGAAUCCCAGUACAAAUGGAACAGUGAAGGAGAAAUCCACACGUGUAGCGAUCAUCACAGUAGUUGUAGUAGGGGUAGUACUGGUAGCACUGUUUGUGAUGUAUGUUAUCAGAAGACAGCGCUGUUGUUCACGGGGUGACCAAGCCGCACAGACCGCCGGCCACCUAGCAGGAGCCCAUGGCACUGCACCUAGUCAGUCUUCAUCUUCAGGUGAUGAUCCAAAGUACAGUGUAAUUCCCGACGAGUACUACAACCAGCAAGGCACUGACACUUCAACAACGCCACAGACUGACAAUGAUUAUAGUCAGAUUCCUGACGAGUACUACAACUACUACAACACGAGACCAGGGGCACAGCAUCCUUACUGGGAGAUUCCUGACGAGUACUACAACUACUACAACACGAGACCAGGGGCACAGCAUCCUUACUGGGAGAUCCCUGACGAGUACUACAACUACUACAACACGAGACCAGGGGCACAGCAUCCUUACUGGGAGAUUCCUGACGAGUACUACAACUACUACAACACGAGACCAGGGGCACAGCAUCCUUACUGGGAGAUUCCUGACGAGUACUACAACUACUACAACACAAGACCAGAGGCACAGCAUCCUUACUGGGAGAUCCCAGAUGAGUAUUACAAUCGCUACAACACAUUCCCUCCAACACGUCGAGCGGCUGCAUCUGAGGUGGCCCUUUCCUCUUCAACCAGGCAGGGCGGGAAACAUCCUUCCUACGAUACAGCCCCUCAAGUCUGGAGAGACCCACAGAAUUACCAGAUACCUGCACGUGGACGUCCGACUAACAUCAGAGCACGAGAAAUACCUGAAAAUGGCAACAGUCUCCACCGAUAUAUGGGUUUGAUUGGUAAUUACAAAUACAAGAAGAGACGCCUAUCAUACCCUCUGACACUUCGGGUGCCUGAGGAGCACGAGAUCUACUCUACAAGCUUCACUGCCACUAUUACUACAACUGAGGUGGUCCUUCCUUCAUCAACCAGGCAGGGUGGCAAACAUCCAUCCUACGACACAGCCCCUCAAGUCUGGAGAGACCCACAGAACUACCAGAUACCUGCACGUGGACGUAAUACCAACAUUCGAUCACACAAAAUGCAGCAAAAAGGCAACAGUCUCCAUCGGUAUAUGAGUUUGACUGGUAACACAAAAUACAACAGGAGACGCCUAUCAUACCCUUUGACACUUCGGGUGCCUCAAAACUAUGAGAACUGUUUUGCAGGCUUUAAGUUAACUUCAGCUGGUCCUGAGAUGGACCUUUCUUUAUCAACCAGGCAGGGUGGCAAACAUCCAUCCUACGAUACAGCCCCUCAAGUCUGGAGAGACCCACAGAAUUACCAGAUACCUGCACGUGGACGUCCGACUAACAUCAGAGCACGUAAAAUGCCCACAGCAAACGAUAGCAGUGGCCACAGAUAUAUGACAUUGACUGGUAACUAUAGCAGAACAAUGAGAGCUGCAAACUUCAGAAUGCAAGCAAUGCCUCUGUAUAACAAAAGCCCAGCUAACUAGAUAUUGCUACAGCGCAAAAAAACAGGUUGCCUUCAAAGCUGAACCCUCAGAAAACACAAAUCACCAAAGCAUACCAUACCAACAGGCCAUUACCAUUUCUCAAGGUCACAAGAGUGAUAGCAAAGGUCAAGUUCACAGGUGCAAAACUCUAGACAUAAAGUGCAUCUUUGUUAAUGAAGAGUGACCCCACAAGCAAGGAAAUUCAUCAUCAUCGCCAGAGCAUUUAGGUAUGAUCACAGGUCAUCAGAGCAAGCCACCUUCCUUACAAGCAACCCUCGUUUAAACACUUCCCUGCACCCUCCCACUAAAAAUACAAAUUUGUUCCAAAAGGUCACAUCAGCAGGCUCAAGGUUACCUUCCCACAAUUUACUCCAUGCCCCGUUUUUUACUAAAUGGUCACGGCUUCACAAAUCAUGUUCAGGAAACAAAAAUAGAAAAGUUUAGGUCCUUUACCAUGUUGUGCAAGUACUGCGGAGGAAUUCUGGUCACGGAGAGCAAGCCUUUUAUACACUUCAGGUUCAAGUGAUUCUCAUUCAAAUCAAAUUCCCUCCUUGACUACUGAAAAUGCU